AUGGGUAUGGAUCCGGAGGAGGAAGGUAGCAUAUUGGAUGAAUUUAUACCUGAUGCAGAUGAAGCACAGGAUGGAAUGAUUGAUGUAAAAAUGGAGAACAAACGCAUGUGGAGUGAUGAAGAGACUAAUGCUUUUAUUGGCUUUAUGGAGGAGUCUGUAGUAGAUGGUCAGAGGGCCGACUAUGGGCAAUUCAAACCAGGAACAUUCGAGAAACUGGCUCUGAAGAUACUGGAGGCCUUCCCCGGUUGUACCCUGAAUGCGAAGCACCGCAAGAAUAAGCACAAGCGAUUGAAGGAGAAGUAUCAGUACACCGCUGACAUGCUUGGAUGCAGUGGGUUCGGGUGGAAUAAUGAGAAACAAUGUGUCGAGGUUGAUUCGAAAGACGUCCUUGAUGCAUGGUUGAAGCCACAUCCAAUAAAGUUCUAUAGUCCUGGCAAGCCGUUUCCUCUUUUCCACCGGCUAGAGGGUAUAUUUGGUAGGGAUAGAGCCACAGGAGCAGCAGCAGUUAGUGGCUUCGAUACGGAAGAACAGGUUAACGAAGAGACGGAAGACACUACAAUUGGAUUUGAUGACUCUGAAAUGUCUCCACAACCAGAAUUAGACAGAGGCCCAGCAAUGCAAGGACAAGCAUCACAUUCUGAAGCUGGUACGAGUGCAGGAAGCACAAGGCGAUAUGGGAGGAAGAGAAAGAAGAAUGCCCAACUAAUUGUUGAUGCCAUUGUUGGUGUGAAUGAGAAGUUUAAGGUUGGUGAGAAGCUCGCACAACUUGGGUUCGGUGAUAAGGAGGUGGUGAGGGCGAUUUUGAAGUUUGCUGAGAGUCCUAAUGUGUAUGAACACUUCUGGGGUUUGACAGAUUCACAGAUGAUUGGCCUUGUGCGUUCCAUUAUAUGA